AUGGAAGACGACGGCGGGCUGGCGGCCAACGUCUCCUCGGAAAACGAGUGGUGCAAGAUUGCGGAGGACUACAAGAGGAUCUACCUGCCGGUGACCUACAGCCUCGUGUUUGUGCUGGGGCUGCCCCUCAAUGGCGCGGUGCUCUGGCUGUCCUGGUGCCGCGCCCAGCGCCGCACCUGCACCGCCGUCUACCUGGCCAACCUCAUGGUGGCCGACCUGCUGUACAUCGCCACGCUGCCCUUCCUCAUCAUCAACUACUCGCUGGGGGACCGGUGGCCCUUCGGCGAGGUCUUCUGCCGCCUGGUGCGCUUCCUCUUCUACGCCAACCUCUACGGCAGCAUCCUCCUGCUCACCUGCAUCAGCGUGCACCGCUUCCUGGGCGUGUGCUACCCGAUCCAGUCCUUGGCCUACCGCACCCGGAGGCUGGCCCACGUGGGCACGGGCGCCACGUGGGCACUGGUGGUCCUGCAGGCGCUGCCCACCUUGGUCUUCUCGGAGAUGGGGCCCAGCGACGGGCGGCUCGUCUGUUACGACCUAAGCAGCCCCGACAACUUCGGCUCCUUCUUCGUGUACGGGAUGAUCCUGACCUUCUCGGGCUUCGUCGUGCCCUUUCUCAUCAUCCUCAUCUGCUACUCGCUGAUGGUCAAGGCCCUGCUGAAGCCCGAGGAGGCCGGGUCGGGGCUGGGCGCGGCUGCCCGUGCCAAGUCCGUGCGCACCAUCAUCGCCGUGUGCGGCCUCUUCACCCUCUGCUUCGUGCCCUUCCACGUCACGCGCUCCAUCUACUUCUUCGUCCGGCUGCGUGCCAACGAUAACUGCUCGCUGCUGACGGGGGUCAGCGUGGCUUAUAAGAUGUGGCGGCCUCUGGUCAGCCUGAACAGCUGCUUAAACCCGGUGCUCUUUUUCCUGUCUGGUGGCUCCAACAGAAUCAGGCUGAUCCAGGAACUGUGGCACAAGAAGUGA